GACACGUGUGACACCAGAGCGAUGUCUAUGACCCCAUAACGAUGUGUGUGACCCCAUGACGGUGCGUGUCACCCACGCAGGACCCCCCGGCCCGACGUGUGAGCCCAUAUAUAACCCCAUGACCCCCCCUCUGGCGAUCCCCCCCCGCAGUUCAUGGAGCUGAUUGAACGUGUGGAGCGCGGCGUGCCGCUGCCGGAGCUGCUGGCAGCCUUCAACGAGCCCAGCACCUCAGACUACCUGGUGGUUUACCUCCGCCUGCUCACCUCAGGCUGCCUCCAACGCCACCGCCGCUUCUUCGAGCAACCGUCCCUUGCACGCCCGCCACGCCUCUGCCGAGCCUUCCACUCCCCCGCGCACCCCCCGCCUUCUCCUUGCACGUCCCCUCGCCCAGUUCCCCGCUCCCCAAAACAGCUUCACCGCUGCGCGUGGUGCCCCCCGCCGCCUCGCACGCCUCUGGUGCACAGCCCUUCUUCUCCCCGGCAGGAGGUGGAGCCCAUGUGCAAGGAGAGCGACCACAUCCACAUCAUCGCGCUGGCGCGGGCGCUGCAGGUGCCGGUGUUGGUGGAAUACAUGGACCGGGGCGAGGGCGGUGCCACCAACCCCCACGUGUUCCCCGAGGGCUCACAACCCCGCGUCUGCCUCCUCUACCGCCCCGGCCACUACGACAUCCUCUACAAGUGACCGCGCCGCUCGCACGGCCUCGCACGGGUCCCCAAAGGGCUCCGCGGGGCUUUGCACCAGGCCAGCGGGGCCGUGCGCGGUCCCCCGUGGUCUCACGAGGCUCUCGCACGAGGGCCUCACACGAGUCCCGUGGGGCUGUGCGCGGCUUCAGCGGGUCUUGCACGAGGCCUGCGGGGUUCUGCGCGGCUUGCUGUGGCUCCACAAGGUCCUCGCACGAGUCUCACGGGCCUUUGCACGGCCGUGCGUGGCCUUGCACAAGUCCUGCAGGUCCCUGUCGGGCCUUGCACAGCCCCCCAGGGUCUCGAGCAGCCUCACCGUGGCCUUGCACGAGCCCUGCGGGGCCUUGCACGAGUCCCCGUGCACCCUCGCACGGCCCUUGUGCAUCCUCCCUCCCCCUCAGUUCCAAAUAAAGGUGUGGCCCCCCCAC